CGCGGGCGUCGCACCUGGAGCGCGCGCUCCUUUUCAAAGGGCUCAGUGGCUGAGGCAGGGAAAGCGCGCGCUCUCUCUGUUGGAAGUGAACGCGGAAAUGUGCCCACGCUCAGGGCAGUAGCUGCAGCUGCCUCACCUCACGCCCCACUCCCACCUUUCUUGUGGGGUUAUGCCUUCCCAUAUUCUCAUUGUGGUAACUGCUCUGCCUCAAGUGCUGCUCCCCCAAGGACUCUGCCCCUUUGGUUUCCACCGCUCCUCCUGGCCAAUGCCUUGUUAAGAGUUUGUGUGGCAGCUCGUCCUCUCUUCCUGGUACAGUUCAUUGAGUCCCUGCCCAGACCUCUGCCCUAGUGACACCUACUUGCCCCUCCCUCCCUCCUUAUAGCCAGGUCCAUGGCAUGUUCCCAGCAGCAGGAAGGAGGCAGCAGCUGCGAACCAGCAGCAGAGGACUGUGCAGAUAUGAGCAGCAGGAAAGUGGCUCUCAUCACAGGCAUCACUGGCCAGGAUGGCUCAUACUUGGCAGAAUUCCUGCUGGAAAAGGGUUAUGAGGUGCAUGGAAUUGUUCGUCGAUCUAGCUCUUUUAAUACAGGACGGAUCGAACAUCUUUACAAAAAUCCACAGGCUCACAUAGAAGGAAACAUGAAGCUACAUUACGGUGAUCUUACCGAUAGUACUUGCCUAGUGAAGAUAAUUAAUGAAGUAAAACCAACUGAAAUUUACAACCUUGGAGCGCAAAGCCAUGUCAAAAUAUCCUUUGAUUUAGCAGAAUAUACAGCUGAUGUUGAUGGAAUUGGUACAUUACGAUUGCUGGAUGCUAUCAAGACAUGUGGCCUCAUAAACUCUGUGAAGUUCUACCAAGCCUCUACAAGCGAACUUUAUGGGAAAGUUCAAGAAAUACCCCAAAAGGAGACUACUCCAUUUUAUCCCAGAUCACCGUAUGGAGCAGCCAAACUAUAUGCAUAUUGGAUUGUGGUGAACUUCAGGGAGGCCUACAAUCUCUUUGCUGUAAAUGGCAUUCUUUUCAACCAUGAAAGUCCCAGGAGAGGGGCUAAUUUUGUUACUCGAAAAAUUAGCCGUUCUGUUGCUAAGAUCCACCUUGGGCAACUGGAAUGUUUCAGUUUGGGCAACCUGGAUGCCAAGAGAGACUGGGGUCAUGCUAAGGAUUAUGUUGAGGCCAUGUGGCUCAUGCUACAGAUGGAUGAGCCAGAAGACUUUGUAAUAGCUACUGGAGAGGUACACAGUGUCCGUGAAUUUGUGGAAAAGGCAUUUGACCAUAUUGGGAAAACUAUUGUGUGGGAAGGCAAGAAUGAAAAUGAAGUCGGCAGAUGCAAAGAAACUGGCAAGAUCCAUGUGACGGUUAAUCAUAAAUACUACAGGCCAACCGAAGUGGACUUUCUACAAGGUGACUGCACAAAAGCAAAGCAAAAACUCAAAUGGAAACGCAAAGUCACUUUUGACGAGCUGGUGAAGGAGAUGGUGAAAGCAGAUGUGGAACUCAUGAGGAACAACCCCAACGCAUGAAUCUACUCCUUGUUUCUUACCUGCUUGGUCCUGAGGCUCCGGGAAUGAGGCCCGAUGAUGAAUCACACAGCUGACAUUCAUGGGGGUGGGGAUGACAAUCAGUUCUGGGGGUUUGGGAUGAUUUGCUGCCAUUUUAUUUCCCUGUGCUUGUGCAAUGGAUGGGUUUUCCUUUCCAAAUCUCAACCAUGCAUCACAGCUUUGAAUUCCUUGAGAAAAGGGUAGGAUGAAGUGGUGGGUCUGUUUUUUUUCAACCGAUGUGUAGAUGAGAUGGUGAAGGCUAGCUUACCAUUCCAGAUUGUGUUCUUUUGAUAUUAAACUCAUCUUUCCAUA